GCGGAACCGCCGGCCUCCGAGCCGUCGGGGAGGGAGGUACGGGAUCGCCUGUGCCUGUGGGACCGCCGCCCGCGGCCCGCCGCCCCCCUCAGCGACCGGCAGACGGACUCGGUGUUGGAGCUGAAGGCGGCGGCUGAGAACCUGCCGGUACCGGCCGAGCUGUGUGCAACCGUACUAAAGUAAAUCCUGGCAGGCAUCCCAAAGGAUUGUAGAAGGAUGUGCUGCUGCCCGCGGGUGCCCUUAAGGAUCUUCAGAGGGCUUUGCAACAAGCUUCCAAUUGAAGAUUUGUGCAGCCUCACAUCCCAGUCGCUAACUGUUACGCUGACGGCCGCAGUGCCAGAAUCCACAGAGGAUGUCCUCUUGAAAGGAUUUGCCAUACUGGGGAUGGAGGAUGAAAGAAUUGAAACAGCACAGCAGUUCUUCUCCUGGUUUGCUCAGGUACAAACACAGAUGGAUCAAGAUGAAGGUGCCAAGUAUAGACAGAUGAGGGAUUACUUGUCUGGCUUUCAGGAGCAGUGUGAUGCUAUCUUGAAUGAUGUGAAUAGUGCCCUUCAGCACCUGGAGUCACUGCAAAAACAGUAUCUUUUUGUGUCCACAAAGACAGGAACGCUGCAUGAGGCCUGUGAACAACUUCUGAAGGAGCAGUCAGAACUUGUUGACCUGGCUGAAAACAUCCAACAGAAACUUUCCUAUUUUAAUGAGCUGGAAAACAUCAACACAAAAUUGAAUUCCCCUACGCUGUCCGUGAACAGUGAAGGAUUCAUUCCCAUGCUGGCUAAGCUUGAUGAUUGUAUUGCAUAUAUUUCAUCGCAUCCAAAUUUUAAAGACUAUCCCGUAUAUUUGAUUAAGUUUAAACAAUGCCUUUCUAAAGCUAUGCACCUUAUCAAGACAUACACUGUGAAUACACUACAGAACCUCACAAGCCAGUUAAUGAAAAGGGAUCCUUCAGCUGUGCCAAAUUCUGACAAUGCCUUCACGCUGUUUUAUGUAAAAUUCAGAGCAGCUGCUCCCAAAGUCAGAACUCUUAUUGAACAAGUAGAGCAAAGAUCUGAAAAAAUGCCAGAGUAUCAACAAGUUCUCAAUGAAAUUCAUCAAUGUUACCUUGACCAGAGGGAGCUUUUGCUUGGUCCAAGUAUCGCUAGCACCGUUACAGAAUUAACCAGUCAGAACAACAGAGAUCAUUGUGCGCUGGUACGAAGUGGUUGUGCCUUUAUGGUCCACGUAUGCCAGGAUGAACACCAGCUCUACAAUGAGUUCUUCACAAAACCAACACCAAAACUGGAUGAACUCUUGGAGAAGUUGUGUCUUUCAUUGUAUGAUGUCCUGAGGCCAAUGAUCAUCCAUGUCAUUCACUUAGAGACACUUUCUGAACUCUGUGGGAUUCUCAAAAAUGAGAUGCUUGAAGAUCAUGUGCAGAACAACGCUGAACAACUGGGUGCGUUUGCAGCUGGUGUCAAGCAGAUGUUAGAAGAUGUACAAGAGCGUCUUGUCUAUAGGACACAUAUUUACAUUCAGACUGAUAUCACAGGCUACAAGCCUGCUCCGGGUGAUCUUGCAUAUCCUGACAAGUUGGAAAUGAUGGAGCAAAUUGCACAGAGUUUGAAAGAGGAACAGAAGAAGCUGCCAUCUGAAGCUUCAUUUUCAGAUGUCCGGCUAGAAGAUCCCGAGUCCUGCACCUUAGUUAAAUCUGGUUCAGCAGAAUCCCUUAAUCCCAGGCACCAGACCACGAUUUCACCAGCAGAUCUGCAUGGAAUGUGGUAUCCUACCGUCAGAAGGACUCUAGUGUGUCUCUCCAAACUGUACAGAUGUAUAGACAGGGCAGUGUUUCAGGGAUUAUCGCAAGAGGCCUUAUCUGCCUGCAUCCACUCGCUGCUGGGAGCUGCUGAUUCUAUCAGCAAAAACAAGACCCAGGUUGAUGGACAGCUUUUCUUAAUAAAACACCUUUUGAUUCUUCGUGAACAAAUUGCUCCUUUCCACACUGAUUUCACCAUUAAGGAAAUUUCCCUGGACCUUAAGAAAACUAGAGAUGCAGCAUUUAAAAUCCUGAACCCUAAGACAGUUUCAAGAUUUUUUAGACUAAACAGCAACAACGCCUUGAUACAGUUCUUACUGGAGGGUACUCCAGAAAUCAGAGAACAUUACAUCGACUCUAAGAAAGAUGUAGAUCGUCAUCUGAAAUCAGCUUGUGAGCAGUUUAUUCAGCAGCAAACCAAACAGUUUAUAGAGCAGCUGGAGGAGUUCAUGACAAAGGUAGCUGCUUUAAAAACAAUGGCCACUCAAGGAGGUCCCAAGUACAGCCUUUCGCAGCAACCUUGGGCGCAACCAGCAAAGAUCAACGAUCUGGUCUCUUCCACUUAUAAGACAAUAAAAACAAAGCUGCCAUCAACGUUACGAAGCAUGUCAUUAUACUUGUCCAAUAAAGAUACAGAAUUAAUUUUGUUUAAGCCAGUUAGGAAUAACAUUCAGCAAAUGUUCCAGAAACUCCAUGCUUUGUUGAAAGAAGAAUUCAAUAAUGAAGAUCUCCAGAUCAUAGCUUGUCCUUCAAUGGAACAGGUGAACUUACUUUUAUCAAUGUCCAAGUAGCCCAACAGUGGGGCUGUUUGAAGUAAACUUCAGCUGAAUGCCAGGCAGUGAAGGCAAUGCAAAGACAUUCGCUUGAAGUAAACGGAGGAUCCCACUGUGCAGUCCAGUCUGCAUCAAAACUAUCCAGGCUGCUUAACCCUGUUUUAGGAAAAAAAAGAAAAAAAACAGUUUUAUUGAUAUGUUAAAGGUCUUCCUGGUCAUUGGCUUGAGAAGUGGGGGGGGGGGGGGAAGAAAAAAAAAAAAAAAACCCUUUGCUGAUCACUCCUAUGGAAGCUCAGUUACUGCCUUAUCCAGAUGUUUUCAAAGUUGAAAUCCUGUUUUUUUUUAAUGUAAAAACCUUUCUUGCUUUCCUUUAAUAAGCUGAUGUAUGCAGUGAAAAGCCGCACUUUUCAAAGACGUGCUGGAAAUAAAGCGUGGGGAAUCAAAUGGGAGCGGUAAUAGAUAUUUGCAAGGCUUGGAGAUAAGCCCAUUAGUAUGACAAUUUGACUUAAGCAGGCAUGCUCUGAUUUUUCUUUAACUCCCCCCAAAAUCCUGGUAAUUCAUCACGUGCUUGAACAUAAUUCAGAGGUUUUUAGUUGGGAAGACUUUAUUUCCCGCAUGUGAAGCAUUUCUUGGAACACUGGAUGUGCUGUUUUUCUUACACUGUUGUGACUGGGAGCUGUGAGGUCAGACCUGAAGUUUCAUGCUCUAACCUUCCUCCAUGUAAAGAAUCUCAGUUCCUUUGGAUUUGCAAUGGAAGGCUGUGCAAUGUAAUUUCUGGUGUUUCUGAGGGAACUGCAUGUUUUCAGAUGCUUUACAGCAAAGCUUAGCGUUGAGAUUCUCAGGUCCUUAGUUUUAGGUUAGAGUUGUUUUUUUGGCCUUACCCAAGAUCAGGUGGUGGUGUGCAUUGUUCAAAGUGGGAACUGGGACUGGAACUUGUACAGCCUUUGCGCGCUGGAGUAAGCGCUAAUGAGGGGGUGUGGGGAUGCCAGAAAAUGAAUGUGCAAGCCUGUCAAAUCAGCAUUGUCAAGAGAGGAUAAGUACUUGGUAACUGGUGACUAAUGCACGCUGUUCAGUAUGCAUUAAUUGGUCAUCGUUUCAGAAAGCUGAAUGCUAAACACUUGGCCAUUAAUGGAAUGAGACACUACUAGGAGCUUUAGGGUGUCUGAGUAUGUAAGUCUUUAUUGUGCAGCACUGCGAAAGAAAAAUGUGGUGACUUACAUGGCAGAUUUUUAACUUAUUUAUAAAACCUGCUCUUUAGUUUUAGAGAUGUAGAAAUUUCCAUGCACAUCGGUGGUGUUUUGAUUUAAUAAUUUUCCUGUUAUAAACCAUAUAGCUGGAGACGGUAGGUAUUAAAGCUACCACGAGAAGUGUUGCAGCAGUGGUGCUGAGGUACAUAAAUGGUACUCGUAGGACCUUACAUGACUCCUUAAAAAUUAACUAAAGGAACUAACAAGGAAGAAAACUUGCCCUUUCUUUUUACUUAUGUAGAAAUACAGGCUGUAAAAUAAUGUCCAGUGCAUUGUAAUAUAUGUAUAUUUGGUUUUUAUAAAGUUUUACAGGAGGACUGCAUGGUCGCUGUAUAGAGUUAUGACUGACUUAAUACGGACAUUGUACAGAAAAGACAUGAAGGGUAAACCAUUGCAGUAGUCACUCUUGUGCUUGGGAUCUUUUUCUCUCUUAGAGUACCCAGACAGCUCUAGGACAGCUGGUUGAAAGAUUAGAAGAGCAAUCAGUUUAUACAGCCUGUUUGCUAAAUGAACAUUUGUUUAAACAUGUACAGUUUCAGAUAUUUACGUUUACAAAUAGUGUAAAUACUUUCAAAAGAUUAAUUUAAGAUGCUUUAUAUUAUCUGACUAGAAACUUGCCGUUUUUAAUUUUUUUAAAUGAAAAUGUUGCCUAUUUUGGUCCAAGAGUAAAGCUUUAUUCUGUAUCCUGAGGCUUGUCUGUCAAGAUAACUGUAAUACAGAGACAAUAAACAUCCUUGUAAGCACAAGCAGUGCAUCGCUGAGAAGAAGUGUUCUUUUUUAGCAGUAAGAGAAUUGACUUUAUUUGGCAGAGAUGUAUACCUGAGUGCUGAAUGUACAGCUAAUUGUUGAAGUAAUGCCUCUUUAUGGUUAUAAUAAAAGUAAAUUUGUAUUUUCUUUACUGACAAA